AUGAGUUUUAUGCCCAGCGGAUCUAAUCCGGAAACAGCAUCAUUCACAUGUAAUACAUGUGGUGUUAAGUUUAUCAAUGCAGAAUUGCAAAGACAACAUAUGAAAACAGAAUGGCACCGAUACAAUUUAAAGAGAAGAGUUGCGGGUUUACCAUCAAUAACAGCAGGAGUGUUUGCCGAAAAGAUACUCACACUGAAGCAUUUAGCGAAAAAUGAAAACGAGGAUGAGUACGGGUUUUAUGUGGCUACGAGGAAGAAGAAGACGAACGGAGAACGUCAACUCACUAAGAAGUUUCUAAAAUCCCAGAAGAACAGAGGUAGAACAGAGGAGGUUAAACUUACAAUAGACGGCGGCAGGGAAGCAAGUCCUGCGGCAUCUCUCACCUCGGAUUUUUCGGAGUUUUCGUUAGGCGACUCAGAUUUCCAUGAGGUUGAAUCUAUAGUUACAGGUUCUGAGAUAAACUAUACCGAGGAGUCUGAUUUCACCGAUUUGGAAGGUGAGCUAUUAUCAGAAGAAGAAGAAGAUGAUGAGGAAGACGCAGAAGAAGAAGCAAACGAUAGUGAUGGGUCGUCAGAGGCUGUGGAGUCGAUUCCAAUUACUCAUUGUUUUUAUUGUGGUUUGAACAACCGUGAAAUAGAAAACAAUAUAAAACACAUGUUCAAUAAGCACGGGUUGUACAUUCCCGAAAGAUCCUAUCUAGUUGAUCCAAGUGGUCUCUUAGAGUACUUGAGUGAAGUUAUUUCAUUAGACUACGAAUGUUUGGUAUGUGGGUUUGAAGGUAAAAAUUUGGAAAGUGUUAGACAACAUAUUGCAUCCAAGGGCCAUUGUAGAAUACCAUAUGAAACCAAGGAAGAGAAGCUAGCCAUAUCACAAUUUUACGAUUUUUCAGUGGAAGAUGAACCAAAAACGCAAGCCAAAGAAAGCACGAAAAAACAUGUCGAGUUUAGCGACGAGGCACCAUCGACUAUAGUUGUCGAGUACGAAAACCAACCUGGCGAUAAUGAAAGGGGAACUGGAGAUAAUGGAAUAAACGACAAUUAUGAGUUAGUCUACAUAGACCAAUCCGGAGUUGAACUUACUACACCAGCAGGUUACAGAAUUGGCCACCGGUCAAUGCAAAGGUACUAUAGACAGAAUUUGCGGUCGCCAAGAGAGCCAACAGUAGCACAAACUACACAGGCAUUGGUCGAUACAAGACUUGCACCUGGAUUGUCACCGUACUAUGCCACAAAACAAGAAAAGGAAACAAGGAGGAUUGAAAACAAGACCAGAAACAAUGUGGAAAGAAAGAGGAAUAAGACAAGAAGAGCCAAUUACCAAAAACACUACCGUGACGAAAUUUUGGGUACAUGA